AUGAUGAUGGAGCGAGUCCUGCUAUUGUUUGGACUGGUGGCCCUAGCCACAUCAUACACUAUACCUUUCUCCCCUGAGGUGCAUGAGGUGUAUGAGAAUGGUGAAGAUGAGAACCCCAUCCUUAACCUAGGAUCAGAAGCCAACCUUUUUGAAGGGGACAUCUUGAUUCCAGAAGGAAGGAAUGCCCUGGUUGACAAAAGAUACAGAUGGAAAUUUCCAAUCCCUUACAUUCUGGGUGAUGAUUUGGAUCUGAAUGCCAAAGGCUGUGUCCACCAGGCUUUUGAAAUGUAUCGGCUGAAGUCUUGUAUUGACUUCAAACCCUAUGAGGGAGAGAAGACUUACAUCAAGUUUGAAAAGAGAGGAGGGUGUUUCUCCAGCGUUGGGGACCAGCAGACCGGCCAGAUUCUGUCUUUGGGGUCAGGCUGUGACCACAAGGCGGUCAUUGAGCAUGAACUACUUCAUGCUCUGGGAUUUUACCAUGAACAGUCUCGCACAGACAGGGAUGACUAUGUUGACAUCUGGCUGGAUCAGGUUACACCAGGACUGGAACACAACUUCAACAAAUACAAUGAUGACUUCAUCACCGAUCAAAACACGGCGUACGACUAUGAAUCCGUCAUGCAUUACAGGCCCUUUUCCUUCAAUAAAAAUGAAUCCAUCCCCACCAUCACCACCAAAAUUCCAGAAUUCUACAACAUCAUUGGCCAGUACCUCGACUUCAGUGAGAUGGACACCCUCAGGCUCAACAGGAUGUACAAUUGCUCUGGUCCUCUCACCCUGCUGGACCAGUGUGUCUUUGAGUAUGCAAGCAUCUGCGGGAUGAUCCAGGCCUCUACUGAUGAUGCUGACUGGGUCCAUACCAAAAGCAGUGUGGAAGCAGAGGAUCACACACUCCUGGGAAGGUGCAGAGAUGCUGGAUACUUCAUGUACUUUAACACUUCGACUGGGAAUCCUCAGGAGUCUGCACUGCUGGAAUCCCGCACCCUCUAUCCCAAGAGGAAGCUUCAGUGUUUGCAGUUCUUCUACAAGAUGACUGGAAGCUCCGAGGAUAGGCUGGUGAUCUGGGCUAAGAUGGACGAUGGCACAGGCACCAUUCGUAAAAUGAAGAAAAUACAAACAUUUAAUGCGGAUGAUGACCAAACAUGGAAGAUCGCCCAUGUCCCAAUGGAGAUUGGGGUAAAAUUCCGAUAUGCUUUCCAAGCCUCUCGUGGUGAUCCCAUUGCAUCAGCUGGGGGCAUCUUCAUCGAUGACAUCAGCCUGACUGAGACACGAUGCCCUAAUGCGGUGUGGAGGAUCCAGAACUUCUCUCAGAUCAUGGAAACAUCUAACAACGACACACAUAUUGACAGCCCUCGUUUCUACAGCCCUGAAGGCUAUGGUUACGGUGUCCGUAUCUUUCCAUUAUCAUCUUACACUGAUUUCACAGGAAAUUACGUUGGGUUGUACUUCUACCUGGUCAGUGGAGAGAAUGAUGUGGUGAUGCAGUGGCCAGCCGUAAACAGACAGGCCACCCUGGUGGUGAUGGACCAAGAUCCAGACAUUAAGCUGAGGAUGUCCACUGCUCGCAGCCUCACAACUGACAUGAGGCCAACAUCAGAUGGAAAGCUCUUUUGGGACAAUCCCUCCAAGGUGGGGAAGCUGGACUCUUCCUGUAAUUGCUACAAAGGUCCGUCAUGGGGCUGGAGGAACUUUGUCAAGCACUUUGACCUCAGACGGCGCAAUUACCUCAAGAAUGAUGACCUCAUCAUCUUAAUCGACUUUGAGGAUAUAACGUCAAUGAUCAAAACUGAAGUUCCCAUAAAGCCAAAGGAGUAAGGUCUCCCUGGAUAAUGUCAUGAUUGACUGCAGAGAAAUCAGAUGCAACAUACAGCUGGAACAACCUGUGAAGAUGAAGAAAGGAUGGACAAUUUAUGUUUUGACACAAAAUAAGAGUAAUGCAAAAACU